GGCGUCUUUGUUACCUAGGAUACAGAGGCGGGGACUCUUACCAUACAAGUCCCUCGCAUGGAUUGUAAACCCCUCAGACUACGCCAAUUUAUUUACUCUUGGGAGAAGAUCUUGUAAAUUGGCAUGGACCCCUUUGGAAGUCUGGAGCGAUCCUAUAGAUUCCUACUCAGAAUAAUGUCUUUAAAUGCAUAAAAGAAAAUAUGUAGGAUUACAGAGGAGACCAGUUAUUUGGAAACCUAGUUACCAAAUUAUUAAAAAACCAACUUCACUCCCUCUUUUCCAGUCUAAUCAGAGAUUCUUUGGCUUUAAUAUGGAAGCUUCAGAAAAUGCCUCUUGUAAUAAGGUUAGCUAUGUUGUCAACAUAGUUCAAGAAACACAUUUAAUGGAAUCUGAAGAAUCAGCAUCUCAUGUUCAACUUGCUUGCAGUCAACAUUAUUGUGCUUUCCCUUUAAAUGGAAAUAAACUUUGCAUAUGGAAUACCAAUAGCCCUUUCAAUCAGCCAUUGCACUUGGAAGGACAUCAUCAGUCAAUUACUGCUGUGACAUUUGGAAACCAAGUUAAUCCACUUUUUGUCUGUUCUGCAUCUUGUGACUAUGUAAUAGUUUGGAACUUGUUGGAAUGUGAAGAAAGAAUAUUAGAAGGGUCAACUCCUCAAGGAACUGUCAUAGGAACACUUUUGGGAAUGGUCCUUUAUUUGAGAUUUAGUCCAGAUGACCGUAUUAUUGCUGUGUGUGCUGAAAAUGACAUACUCAUGCUUGAUGCUAAGUCUGAAAGUAUAUUAACUGAACUGAAAGGUCAUAUUGGUCCAGUUACUGCAGUUGAAUUUUGCACGUGGCAAAAAAAUGUAGCAAUAUCAGUAUCUGAAGACAGAAGCUUUAAGGUCUGGGAUCACUGUUCUGGAUUAUUGUUAUACAAUUCAGCAGUAAUAACAGCCUAUCCUCUCCUAAGUUUGUUUGUUUAUGAAGAAAAGGAACAAUUUAUUACUGGGAAUUCUGAUGGCCAGGUUUGGAUCUUCAGUUUGAUCAGUGAGCAUCAUUAUCGAUGGGUAACCCAAUUUGACCUACGGAAAAAACAACAGAUUUUCCUCAAUAAAAGGAUCAAAUUAGCACAACAUAACAAACUAGAGAAUCGACUUUCCUAUUUAAGUGAGCUGAAAAAAGAACAAAAAGUAGAAACAACAUUUCCUAUAUUGAGAAUUGAACGCUGUGUUCAGUCAGUUAAUGAAAAAUGUGAAUUCUUCCCUGCUGCCAACACCAGAUGCUUGUGGAUAGGAAGCUCUACUGGUUUAUUCAUAAUUAACUUGGACAACUUGGAAUUAGAAUCUAUUUUACAUUUUAAAGAUUUCAGUAACCUCAGCAUUAAAGUUGCUGGAUCAUGUGCAAUAAUGAACAAAGCUGUUAAUCAUAAGGUUUUCUGUUUGCUGAGCUCUAUGUUUGGAAAUCAAAUUGCUGUAUUGGAAAUUAAUCUUCUUGCACUCAUGCUAUCACAGCGUCAUGAUGUGGAAGAGACUCUUUCAGUUAUUGCCAGUUCCUGUCUCCUGUCAACUUCUCCACUACACGCUACAACUUUUAAGAAGAAAAAUAUUAAUUUGGCUAGUCAAAAGAAGUCUGCUGUGAAGAGCACCAUAAAAGACCAACCAGUGGUUUUCCACAAUAAAGUUGUAUCAUCUGGUUAUGCAUCUGCACCACAAAGAACUAUGUUUUCACCAAAGACCAACAUAAAGACAAAUGGUGAAAGAUUCUCAGAAUUAAAGAGUUAUUAUAAAUGUAAAGAUUAUCCCUUGGAGAGUCCACUACCAACCACACUUAGCAGACAGCUAUCUGUAGCCAGUAAAACAACUGCUAUUUAUUGCCUUCAGUAUUCAGGAGAUGGACUCUAUUUGGCUUGUGGUUUAGCUGACCAUUUAUUGCUAGUUUUCAAAUCCAGUCUUACUAGAGUACCAACUGUUUUUCAAGGUCAUAAUGGAGCAGUGACUUCAGUUGGCUGGAGUCAUGACAGGAAAUGGUUAGUCUCUGCUUCAGAAGACAGAACAUUGAGAAUUUGGUCUGUUAAGACUACAGAAUCUACAGUAUUUCUGGACAAGGACAUGUUAAGCAAACCUAUACGAGUCACACAAUUUUAUUAUAUGGAUGCUUUUAUAUUGCUAUCCUCUGGAUCUGAAUUUCACCUAUUAAAAUAUUAUAUCGACACACAAAAAGAUGAGCUCAAAAGAUAUAAACAAAAGAACAAAUCCAAAAUUGUCAAGACAUUUUCUAUGACAUCAGCUGUAGAGAUUACCAGUCUUUCAGCCAUAAAUGAUUUCUAUUCCUAUAUUGUUCUCACAACCGGGAGUAACAGGGGAUUGGAAAUUUUUGAUCUCAAUGUAGAUUCCAGUGUAGCAGUGAUCCCAGAUAUUCAUUCAAGAUCAGCCCAUCAGAUCUGCCAAAAUAAAGGAUCAGCAUUUGCUGCACAACCAUUUGAGAAUUACAAUCUUUUCCUAACAACAGCAAUUGGUGAUGCAAUAAAACUGUGGGAUAUAAGGACAUUGAGGUGUGAACGCCGUUUUGAAGGACAUCUUAACCGCUGCCAUCCCUGUGCAAUUUCCAUCAGUCCUUGUGGGAGAUAUAUAGCCUGUGGAUCAGAGGACAAACAUGCAUAUAUAUAUGAGAUGGGCUCAAGCACGUUUUCCCACAAAUUGGCAGGAUACACAGAGACAGUUUUGAAUGUGGCUUUUAAUCCAUCAAACCCCCAGCUUGCCACAGCCACAUUGGACGGUAAACUCCAGUUGUUUCUACCCAAAUGAUUGCUGACCUAUGGAAGAUCAACCAACAUUUUUGGAAAGUCAUAAUUUGUUGAAAAAAAAAGUUGUUCAUUCAUCAGAAAUAGGACAAGAAGCAGAAGGUUCUUUUUCAAAUUCCAGCCUCUUUUUCAGAUUUCCUUCCAUGUAGGCCAUAUAGCCUAUAUUUAUAAAUUUAAAGUUUUAGACUUUCCUAAUACUCAAAAGUGAUUUUUCCUCCCCAGCUUGGAAAAAUAGAAGCAGUAACACACACUGCAAUAGUCUGCAGGGGUAUCAAUUGAUAAUAAUUGAAGCAGAAAUUUU